CCGUUGAAACCAAUGCAUCCAUCUUCCAUUGAUGGUGUAAACGACAUGAUUGCGCUGGGCGAACUUAAUGAAGGUGGGAUUUUGCGCAACUUGCUCAUUCGGUACAAACAAGACGAAAUUUACACUUACACAGGAUCCAUCUUGGUUGCGCUCAACCCAUAUCGUGUACUCCCGAUCUAUACGGCGGAUACAAUCAAGGCAUACAGACGAAAACGAAUCGGAGAAUUGCCACCCCAUCUGUUUGCUAUUGGAGACAAUGCCUAUACUCACAUGCGGCGAUAUGGAAUGGAUCAGUGCAUCAUCAUCAGCGGUGAAAGUGGAGCGGGGAAGACGGAGAGUACGAAAUUGUUACUACAAUUCUUAGCUGCAGUGAGCGGUCAGCAUUCGUGGAUCGAACAGCAAAUUUUGGAUUCCAACCCUAUUAUGGAAGCCUUCGGAAAUGCAAAAACCGUUCGCAACGACAAUUCAUCCAGAUUUGGCAAAUACAUAGAGAUUCAUUUUGGACGAGACCGGGGUAAUAUAGUCAGCGCACGAAUCGAACAGUACCUAUUGGAGAAAUCUCGAAUUGUGACCCAAGCUCCGGGGGAACGAAACUAUCACGCAUUUUAUUAUAUGUUGGCAGGAAUGCCGAACCCAAUGAAGAAAAUGCUUGGCUUAGGGCAGGCCAAAGAUUACUACUAUCUCACCCAGGGCGGUUCUGUGCUCGUAGAAGGACGUCAAGAUUCGGUGGAAUACGCGAAUGUGAGCUCCGCAAUGCGUGUGCUUAUGUUUAGUCAAGUGGAAAUGGAUCAGAUAUGGUGCUUACUAGCAGCUCUUCUCCAUCUGGGGAAUAUCUGUUUUCAAGCCGCACAAAAUCAUGGAGUCGAUGCCAGCUACAUUACUCCAGAGUGUUUUCACCACUUGCAAAUGGCUGCACGUCUACUCGAGGUCCCUGGGAAUGCUCUUGAAUGUGCGCUCACCAGUAAACGUUUGUUCACUGGAGGGGAAUGCGUUACUUCUUGUCUAUCACGAGCUGCUGCAAUGACUGUCCGCGACGCAUUAGUCAAAGCCAUAUACAGUCAGCUUUUUGUGUGGAUUGUACGCAAAAUUAACACAGCCGUGUACAAACCAGUACAUGCAUCAAACCCACGAGGUACAAAUUCAAUCGGGGUGUUAGAUAUCUUUGGAUUUGAAAACUUUACACGAAACAGUUUUGAACAAUUGUGCAUCAAUUUUGCCAACGAAAAUCUUCAACAAUUCUUCGUGCGGCACAUUUUCAAAUUGGAACAAGAAGAGUAUUUGGCCGAGGGCAUAAACUGGAAACAUAUUGACUAUGUGGACAAUCAGAACACACUGAAUCUAAUUGCCCUAAAACCGAUGAAUAUUUUUGCUCUCAUGGAUGAAGAGUGUCAAUUUCCUCAGGGGAGUGAUGCAAGCUUGUUGAACAAGUUGAAUACAUUGCACAUGCAACACUCACAGUAUGUCAAACCAAUCUCCACGCGAUUUGGAAUUCAACACUUUGCUGGUGUGGUGUACUAUAAUGUGGAAGGAUUUUUGGAAAAAAGUCGUGACUCGUUCUCAGCGGAUCUAGCCUGUCUUAUCAAGACGUCGAGAAACGGUUUUCUGCAUACACUGUUCAAAGAGAGUUUGACCUCGGCACUUGAAUCUCGGAAACGUUCCCCAACUCUUGGCUUGCAAUUUAAAAAAUCGUUGGAUAGCCUCAUGCGCACAUUGCAAGGUUGUCAGCCGUUCUUUGUGCGUUGUAUUAAACCAAAUGAACUAAAACGCCCCGGGUUGUUCGAUCGUGCUCUAUGUGUGCUUCAGCUACGUUACUCCGGUAUGAUGGAAACAAUCCGGAUACGACGUGCAGGCUAUCCAAUACGACAUAAAUUCAAUGAGUUUGUCGAUCGGUAUCGCCCACUGGUCACACCACACGCCGUGAACACUGAUAAGGACGUGGGACGCGCAGUGGAGGCAAUUUGUUCUUCCACGUUAUCCAGUGAUGACUACUGUGUGGGUCGAUCAAAAGUAUUCCUGAAAGUGAGUGUGUUUUUCGAUAUUGUAUACCACCAGGGAUGGGAACAUAUCUUGCCUUCGAAACUCAUUUCAAUCUAA